AUGACGAGCCCUCACGACGACAAUGCCAACGACCGCUUGGACACACUUCCUCAGACCGAACCGACGGACCGACUGGUAGACAAGCUACAUCCUGACAGUUUACACGUCUCUGCCAACACUCGCCCUUUCCCGGAUCUAGUUCAGCACCAACCAGAGAAAGACCACCCGGCCGCGGACUUUUCUCUGCCUUGCCAACCGCCGACAAGCAAUCAGAUCCCGGCUGAUGGACAUGGCACAGGAGGUCUCGCGGAUCUGGAUCUGUACACUACCGACUUCACCUUCCUCAAUGAGGUCAUUCUGCCAAAUGACCACAUGGUCAACUUCUUCCCCACCGAGCCAGGCUCCGAUUCGAAUCCCUGGGAGAUGUUCAGCCCCAGCGCUCUUCUGAAGUCGCCCUCAGAUCCACAGCAAAGUCACGGCCGACCUGCAGCAAGCCGUCCUCAGAAUCGCUCGUCGCCUAGCGGGAGCGAUAAUCACUCUGAACAGCCCUUCCAUGUGGAUGACGAGCAGUAUGCGGAAGCGCAGUGCAAUCUGAUGAGAUUCGACCACUCUCACCGGCUAGGCGACUUCCAGCUGCCCUCGAAAUAUGCGGUGGCAAGGUUUCUGAAAGCCUUCUUCGAGCACAUGGCUCCUCACCUACCUAUCAUACAUCGCCCUUCUUUUGACAUUGCUACAGUCCCCAGCCAAUUGCUAUUAAGUACCAUGGCGUGUGGCGCGAUCUACUCCAGUGAGCAAGAGACGGCCCUGCAACUGUAUGCUGCCGCCGCCCAGCUUAUGGCCGAGAACGAGAUCCACAUAAGUUCCACAAGCGAAGACGGUGCUUUUCAGUUGUGGGAGUUGCAGACGUCUAUCUUGCUCAGCUAUUUUUCUGCUUACAGUGGAAUAGCUCAUAUGCGUCGGAAAGCUUACAGCACUUUCGCGCGCACAACUAGGCUUGCGCAAGAAGCUGUUGAUGAGCUUGAGUCGGACGAGUCGAGCGACUACAUGAGCUGGGUCCGCCAAGAGAGCAUAAGCAGAUGUGUCGCAAGCGUCAACAUUCUCGGUGCUGCAAUGAAUUCGACAUCAGAAGAUCAAAAUUUCCAGCUUCCUGAUUACCAGACCAAGAUCCGACUUCCUUCGAGGACUGCCGAUUGGCUAAGAGACGAGCAAGUCUGGGAAGGCCCACCGCCUGCCUUGUACUCGUCAGACCUGGUCACUGGCAUUUUCGCUGGCAUUAGGCCCGAGAUAGCAGCGGACGAUUACGCCUUCCUGACUCUGGUUUCGGCUGCUCUUGGCCAUAUAUGUUCCUUCCAAAAUUUGACCCUCACAAAACAUCCGGAUCUUCAUGCGACUUUUAUAGACCAGAUGUCAACUCCAUUGGCGCUCCUCGACACAAUGUGGGAAGAGCAGGUCACCGAUGGACCGGCUAAUGGUUCCCUUCCGACACCUUUGACACAGUGUACCCGGUCGCUACUAGACUCUGCGUGUUAUCACCUGUAUGGUAGCGCUCAACUGGUGAGCAUGACACGGCUGCUCAAGUCCCCUGGUCUGCUGGACGAUCCUCAAAAGUUACAUCAUUUGUCCUCAUUGGCCCAGACCAAGACUUUGGAAUUGGCCCUGGUCCGUGCGGCCACCAGCCUGAGAAUUGACUGUCGGCUGGGUCUUCGAUAUGUCCAAAAAGUAGCACCACAUCGAUUCGCCCCUCUGUCAGCCACUGCCGUUGCCGAAGGCGGUUUACUCUUAUACUGGUAUCUGCGUUUUCAGCAGGUCAAAAUAGUCGAGGUGGACCUGUUACUGAACGAGGUCAACUCGGAAGUGAAAAAUCUUCAGAGCUACUCCAGGAAAGCUCAGUAUGGCAAUGGCCUCCGACCAUGA